AAAAGAAAGAAAGAUAUUUUAGGGUUAGGAAGUGUCAUUAUUUACUGUUUCAGCAUGUAAAACUUCUGGAGAAACUUUUUUUUUUCACUUGUGAUGAAGUAUGCUGAGAGUUUAUUCCUUUCAAAUGCUCCGGAAAAGAGCAUAACUAAUCAAAAAAUUAAGAAAUUCACCUUUUAGAUUACCCUAACCCAUAUAGAAUCGUUAUGACUUAUUCUUUUUGAGCGCAAAGGGUUUAAACUUUUGAUAAUUUUCAAAAUUCCCCUUCCUUAGUGAUAAAUGCUUCCCUGUUAAUUUCUCCAUUUAUGGUGCUGCUUAUGAUAAGUACCUAGUCGAGGUGAUUUUGUGGUGUGAAAUUAGCAGCAAAUUCUUGUUAAAACGCAACAUAAAACGGCGCUAAUGUGUACGGUUCUGAAGUGUAGUGAGGAGGCGAGAAGAUCGCCGAAGUGAACCUCGUAAAUGUCUCGACCGAAGAUGGAUCUAUCAGCCGGGACAACGACAUUCGGGCAUCUCCUAGCUGGUGGUACCGGCGGAGGCACAGGUCGAGGAGGUAGUACCGGUGGAGGUACAGGCCGAGGGGGUGGUACCGGUGGUACCAAAAAAGGGAGCACUCAGCCGGGUAAGGCCGCCGGCUCGAAGUCCACGAAGAGCGCCCACCUUUCUGGAGGUUCAUCUACCAAGAAGAACGCCAAGGGCAAAAUCAAGAAGAAGGACAAGAAUAAAGGGAAGGAGAAGGCCAAAGACAAAGUGAAGAAGAUCACACCACCACCCACGACCCGGCCGUUCUUCUCCCCGUUGUUCUUCCUCGGCAACAACAGUCUAGAGGAGGCGCAAAUGAUCAAAUCUCUAGCCAGAGAUAUCAUUCAAGUAAAUCCCAACGUUCACUGGAAGGACAUAGCAGCUUUGGACGAUGCCAAAAGGACUUUGCAAGAGGCGAUCAUUUUACCAACCCUCAGGCCUGACUUCUUCAAGGGGAUUCGUCGACCGUGGAAAGGAGUGUUGAUGGUGGGCCCACCCGGGACCGGGAAAACCAUGCUGGCCAAAGCCGUGGCCACCGAGAGCAAGACCACGUUUUUCAACGUAACCGCAGCCUCUCUCCUCGCUAAAUACUUCGGCGAUUCCGAAAAACUCGUCAGAGUUCUCUUCAAACUGGCGCGAACUUACGCGCCAUCGACGAUCUUCAUCGACGAGAUCUGCUCGAUCUGCUCGAAGCGGGACAACGUGGUCGAGAACGAAGCCUCGCGGCGGCUCAAAGCCGAGCUCCUCGUCCAGAUGGACGGUCUCUGCUCGGACUUGGACGGGCAACAGGACUUGUCCCUGGCCGACACCGCCGGCAUCCGUCCCUUGGAGAGCCCGGCCCAGCCCCAGGCAGGGCCCAGCAGCAACCCUGCGACCCCGGGACCGAGCGGCACCAGCAGCGCCCCCAAGGACUCCGCCCGCAAGCAACUAGUUGUCAUCGCCGCCAGCAACCACCCGUGGGACAUCGACGAGGCCCUUCGUAGGCGACUUGAGAAGCGGAUCUACGUCCCUCUUCCCGAUGCAAGAGCCAGGGAGGCGUUGUUACAUUUGAAUUUGAGGGAAUUGAAAGUGGAUCCGACUGUCCAAAUUCCGGAGCUAGCAUCUGCAAUGGCAGGAUACUCAGCCGCUGAUAUAACCGUUGUUUGUCGCGACGCCUCAUUCAUGGCAAUGAGGAGGAGAAUGGCGCAGGCGCAAAGCCUAACCGAGAUGAGAGAGAUCGACCUGGAGGAGAUCGACAAGCCGAUCUCCGCGGAGGACUUUGAGCAAGCCGUCAGGAACGUCUCGAAAAGUGUGUCCAGCCACGAGAACAGCCAAUAUGAGAGGUGGAUAGAAGAGUUCGGCUCUCGUUGAUACAUCAAAUUUAUCAUGUGCACUUACAAUUUACAUGUACUCACAGUUGUUAACAACUGAAGGCUAAAUUCUGAAAACACAUCAAUAAAUUACAUAGUAAUUUUAGAAUCUCA